CGACGACCUCGGAAGACUGUUUGAUACAUGCCAAAGAUUAUUUUUAAUUGUUUCCUUCGGAUAUUUCUAUAUUUUUACAAGUUUUUUAUCCAUACUAUUAUAAACAUAUGCACAAAUUGUGAAUGCUUUAAUACGACUUCGUCACAUAAGAAAUUCAAGUCGAGAAGUAACCGUCGCGAUCCAGAACCGAUUUUCGACUGGCGCUGGUACUACCAGGAGGAGGAUGCCUCAAACAUUAGGCUUUCGCUAAAUCGCAACGAAAUUGUGUUUCAUCCAAUAUAUAGCUCGGGCACGGCUGCAAUACGCGGGGAUACCAUCUUGAAGCAAAAUAUGCACCACUUUUGGGAAAUUAAAAUACUGACUCGUAUGUACGGCACCGACGUGAUGUUGGGCGUGGGUACUGAACAAGCAAACUUAACCAAUGGUAAGUUUAAGUUUUGCAGCUUGCUGGGUUUGGACAAGCACUCCUGGGGAUAUUCUUACCAUGGAUAUAUCCAGCACAACAAGCUUAAACGCCAAUAUAGCCGUAAAUUCGAUAAGGAUAGGAUAAUAGGGAUGCAUCUCGAUAUGUGCAAAGGCACUUUAGAAUACUACUUGGAUAGGAGACCACUAGGCAUUGCUUUCCGUGAUCUUAAAGGUCUUGAUUUGUAUCCGAUGGUAAGCUCCACGGCUGCCAAAUCGGCGGUCCGUACCAACUGCUGCAUUACGCAAAAGCUCACUCUACAAUUGCUGUGUUUGCAAACUGUGAUGCAACAUGCCAACUUAUAUAAACAGUAUCGCAAAACGCCAGGGCUCAUGAAUUUGUUCAGCAAGAGGUAUUUCUGGUUGGCGCCGAAGCAAGAAAAAAAUGAACAAACUGAACUGGCCAGGCUAGAGGAAGAGGUUACUUUAUCUUUGGUACACAGGGGACCAUUGUUGAUGGUGAAACGUCGUGGAAGGCAUUGUUCCUAAAGUUCUAUUGCCCGUGUUUUAGUACGGUUGUGUAAUUUUUUAUUUUUUGUGUUGUUAUUUAAGAACUAAAUUUUCAUUUUCCCAUCCUGGUAUUUUAUUGAUGUUGUGAUACUGGUUCAUAUAUCGCCUCAGAAUACAACCUUGGAUAUCGCGAAUAAUUAACGAUGUUCACUGUAUAUUUUAAAGAAACAAAUCUACAGGUGGGUCUAGAAAACAUAUAUAUGUGAGGUUGCCUAUUGGGCGGGUACAAAAGUAGCAUUGGGAUUUAAGACUCGUCGUUUCGAAAUGCUUCAUUUAACCUUGACAGUAGAAAACUGAGCGUGUCAUAUCGCUCUAUUAGUCACAAUUACGUAAACAGCAGUUUUUGAAUAAAACAAGAAAACAAUAGUGAUAUAAUAAAUUAGAAAAUGUUCACAAAUUCUAAAC